AUGUCCAUCAGCCAGCGCGUUGCCGUCGUGCACGAUGCCGCCGCCACGCCUGAGCAGCUGGAUGCAUUUCAGCGCAUAUGCCCCAACACGUGUGAUUUCUUUUCUGUAAAGGAUGUUGCUCAGCUGCAGUACGUUGUGCAACACAUCUACGCGGCGGGUCCGCCCGUGUACGGGGCUGUGGCCAACCUCUGCACUGACGGGUCCGGCGGCGCCAACGGUGGUGUCACGUCCGCACUCGCCACUCUCUUCUUUCACCACGCAUCGCUGUCCUACACGGGGUGCCGUGCUGCGACACUCAACUAUCCGUUCGACGUGCUUCUCAUGAUGCUCUUCUACGCAGAUGUGCCGCUGCCGCCAUUUGCACUUAUCGAUUCUGUGGAGGCGGCGAGGCGCGCCGCGCACAGGCUGAAGGCCCCGGUACAGAUCCGCAAUACCUGCGGGCUGCUUGGACUCUAUCGCAGCUGCUGCACGGUUCAGGAUGCUAUGGAGGCGACCCUAAUACGCGCCCUUCAUGAGCAUGGAAAGAUCGUCGCGUGGGAGGUGAACGCGUCAAAGGAGCGUGCCGUGCGCGUGCUUGUCACUGGAGGCUCCGUGAAAGGGGCGGCGGCGGCCAUUCCUGUUGAGUCGUGCGCGGCGGCACCGUUGUGGGCCGCGCAUGCGGAAGAGGCCGCGCAGCGUUUGGGGGCGGCGGUCAGCCGGUACGUCCUGUACGACUGCGGCGUCGCGUCUUUAACGCUCAACACGUUGGAAGAGAAUCCGGACAAGUGGUGCUUCGAAGACCUUGUGCUGAAUCCUGCCUUACCUGACUUGGUGCUGGAGGAGGCCACGCCAAACUUGCUGUCGGCGGUGCCGACGGCUGCAGAGCUGGUCGCCUCGCUUCUGGCAGAGGCGCGAAAGUCCCACCCCGCUCCCGCUUAUGAAAUCAAACUGUACCAGGACUCUCGAAAAGGAUACCACCUUUGUGCCGCCAAAGCUCUUCGAAAAGGCGACGUGGUGUUCGAGGAUGAGUGCCGCAGCUUUGCAAUGGUGACUCGCCCGUACGUGGAGCGGCACUGGGAUGGCCCGCUCAAGAAGACCUUCACCGAGUACGCGUGGCCACUGGACUCCGAGGGCCACGUGUACGCCAUCUGGGAGGAGAACCCGCAGCGUUGGCGGCCCAUCAAUCAUUCGUGCGACCCGAACUGCAUCUUUGCCGCACCGCACUCCCUCAACGUCAUCGCGGCGCGCGAGAUUGCGGCUGGCGAGGACUUGAGCAUGGACUACGCCACCUUUUGCGACGGAACGAUGAAACCGUUCGAGUGCCUGUGCGGCGCGGCUUGCUGCCGUGGUAUGAUCAGCGUCGAUGCCUCCUCCCUCGCUAAGUACGGUGAGCAUUCGUGGCUGCGCAAGGCGCCAUCGGCGGUGAAGCCUCUUCUUCCUUGA